AUGCAGCUCAAACCAAUUUGCAUCGCUCUCAGCCAGUCGACCCUAGCGUUUGUGGGCAAUCACAGAAAUGUCGACAACAUCAUCCAAAAUCUCGAAAAGCUUUCGAAAACAUUAGAGGAAAUCACUACACGGCCAGACACUUUCGAUAACAAAUUAGCCGAUUAUGUCUUCUUUCCCAUCUCUCAGGUUCUCAAAGCGAGUCGAGAUCUUCCAGUUCAGGCCAUGGAAGCAUGUUUACGAUGUCUCGUCAUUCUCAUCUCCAAGGGCUGGACGGCAAAGAUCGAUUCGAAUCUGAGUGGCCAGCUUCUGAUCUUCUUGACCCUCACUUGCGAUACUCCUGGAAAGACAGUACCUACAGGACUCGCCACGGAUGAGCUUCGCGCAGUUGGGUUCCAAUGCAUGCAGGCACUCUUCCAAUCUUUGAGUGCAAGUUAUGAAGGGAAAGCCUCUCUGGUUGGUACUGCAAAUGUUCCUUCUCUGGGACAUGCUGUCUCAGUGGUUCUCGCGGGCAUUGUGGACGGAGAGUCUUUCCAGGUCCAACUAUCAGCAGCGAAUGCUUUGAAAGCCCUGGCUUCUUGCAUAGAUGACCUGGAAGUGCUGUCAAGCUUUUUACCCGGUAUCGUGUCAUCAUGGACCAAAGCUCUCACUCCAAGCACGAAAAGUCGGCGACAUUGGAGAGUUCUUGUAGCUGGCUUGCAGACUAUUGAAUCUCUUCUCAAAACACUCCUUGGCGAUAGAGUGGUCGAUCAGCUAUCAUCCUCAGCAGAAGAGAAGACUGCUUUGAACGAACCAAAAGUUACAAAACUCGAUGGCAGCUGGGUGAAAGCGACAGCAGCGCAGUUGAAGGUUGCGAUAGCAAACAUUGACAGACUACGUACGCACGAACGUCCAGAAGUACAGGAAGCCGUUCUAGAGCUCAAUUUGACACUUCUCUCGGAAUGCAGCCAUGCAUUAGCAGACUCUUGUGCUUUAGCAGCAGAGACUGUAUUAUUGCUCAUGCAAGCAGAUUCAAAUGCUGCUUACAAAGACAAGAUUGCGGCUUUGGCCCAGAACAAUCCAUCCAUCUCCGAUGUUUUGUCGACAGUAUUCCGUAAUGAACAGCUAUCUCUGGUGCGGAUUAUGCAGUCGAAUGAUGAUCAGGCUAAAGAGCGAUCACUCGGCAAGCUGUUUGGCGCAUACACAAUACUGGCUGGCACAGAGAUUGAUAUGUCAAUGAUAUCAAGGAUGCUCGGAAGCGGUCUCAAAGAUAGUGUGACAACAAUCCUGCAACAUUCUGUCGACUCCAAAGCAAAGAAUCCUCGAGUUACAUCUGUAACCAUCUCCGAUCUCUCAGUUCAGACGAGUCAGAAGUCGCUGACAUUUACUUCACCACUGGCUGAGUUCAAGACUCAAGAAACAAUACUGAACUACAUAAGUCGGAUGCUCAAGGCUUUGAAGGACGCACAUCCGUCUCUAAGCCUCGCUUCGGAUCUCAUGCUGGCGUUAAGAACAUCGGAGAAGACCACUCAGAUUGCAACAUUCUGGCUUAUAUUACAAGAUCUUCAGAACAAUAGCGAUGAAGUUGAUGGCUUCAUGAACGAUAUGCUGGUCGGCGAUCUAUACUCCAGAGAUCACUCUUUGUCGUUACGAGAACAGUUAUACUCUUUCUCUCUGGAAGUGCUAGAAAAUGACGAAUCCACAGACUGGCGACUCCAAAGCCUGGCUCUUGAAGCUGUCGCAUUGCAUGCACAAAAGCAUGGCGUCGACUUUAGGGGCGAGCUCGUGGAAGCAUUAUAUCCUAUCCUCCACCACCUUGGUUCGGAAUCAGGCUAUGUUCGUAAUCAUGCAAUGACAUGUCUGAACAUUGUUGCAGACGCGUGCAAAUACUCUGAUGCAGGCGAGCUCAUCGUUUCCAAUGUCGACUACCUCGUCAAUGCUGUGGCGUUGAAGCUCAAUGCCUUUGAUGUAUCACCGCAAGGCCCACAAGUUUUGCUCAUGAUGGUGCGAUUGGCUGGUCCAUCACUGCUGCCAUACCUGGAAGAUACAUUGGAAAGUAUCUUUGCUGCAUUGGAAGAUUAUCAUGGCUAUACUACUUUGGUGGAGCUUCUGUUUGCUGUUCUUCGGACCAUGGCUGAAGAGGGAGUCAAAUCACCUAUGCUCGCCAUAACCAAUGGAUCAGAGAUACCCAACAAGGACUCCAGCCGAUGGAAGCCCGCUGACCUCGAGGAACUUAUUGAAAUCAUCAAGAGCCUCUCACAGAAGCCAGCCGAUGCUCUAGACCCACCAACCCGACUACUUGAUCCCGAAGACGAGGCGACUGAGGACCAACCCGACGAGCCAGAACCAACAGAAUCCACGCCACCAGCUCCCAAAACUUACAACCUCCUCCUCAAAAUCACCCAACUGACCCAACACUAUCUUUCCUCCUCGUCACCCUCGUUGCGAACCUCCCUCUUCUCCCUGCUCACCACCACAAUCCCCUGUCUCGCAAAACACGAAAACUCGUUUUUGCCACUCGUCAACACGCUAUGGCCGGAAGUUACUUCAAGACUGUUUGACACGGAAACGUAUAUCGUGAGUGGCAGUCUGAACAUCAUAGCUACCAUGUGCGAACACGCAGGCAGCUUCAUGCGCACGAGAAUCGAUUCUCUAUGGCCUGAAUUGCUUUCCUUGCACCGAAGAUUGUGGCUAGAGAUCAAUGCCUCCAAACCCAAAUCGCAGCAGAGCAAAAACACCUCAAAACACCUUGCCAUCACAACACAAACUCUAGAAUUGGGAUAUGUGGAUACAUCGACCAAGUCGUUGGUGAACAGUCUGCAGGGGUUGCUGGUUGCUGUGGUAAAGUUUGUAGAGGUGGAUGCAGAGAGAUUUGACGAUGUGUUGAGGAUGCUAGGGCCCGUUUGCCAAUUGCCAGAAGAUGUGAGAAGGAGUUUGGAAGAGUUUAAUGGGGAUGCAGUGUGGUUGGCAGAGUAUAGGGAUAAACCAUGGCCACUGAAAACACCUACAACCUCGAGAUUUGCAUUUGCAAAGGCUUAG